AUGCCUGUGACAAUCCGCCGAGCAACAAUCGAGGACAUGCUGUGCAUGCAGAAUGCCAACCUGAACAACCUGCCUGAAAACUACUUGUUUAAAUACUACAUGUACCACAUUUUGUCAUGGCCUGAGGCGUCCUUCGUGGCAACGACAACAGACGACGUGGGCGGGCCCGCGGACGCCACGCUCGAGGAACUGGCUGCUUGCUGUGAGGGCCCUGUUAGCGCGACGAAGGGCGAUCCCUGUUACGUGCGCUCCGGCGAGAAAUUGGUUGGCUACGUGUUGGCCAAGAUGAACGACGACCCUUCGCAGCCAAGCGAAGCGCUUACAGGCCACAUUACGUCUCUGAGUGUGAUGCGUACCUACAGACGCAUGGGUGUUGCGGAAAAGCUGAUGCGCCAAGCACUCUUCGCGCUGUCAGAGGUCUACCGCGCAGAGCAGGUGUCGCUACAUGUGCGGCAAUCGAACCGCGCUGCGCUGCACUUGUACAGGGACACUCUGGAGUUCGAGGUGCUCAAGGUCGAGAAAAGCUACUAUCAAGAUGGCGAGGAUGCCUACGCGAUGAAGAAAACUUUGGAUACAGAAGCCCUACAGCCAGCCAACUUCCAACGCGGUGCUGAACAGGACGACCUUGAUUCAGACCUACUCGAGGACCUGGUGCGCGAGGGCGUCGCAGAAGUUGAGGCAUGA